AUGCAGGAAAUCACUUAUUAUGGAGAUUACAAUAAUGGCAGGAUAGAGGGGACGGGUGAAUACACACUUCUCAUUCACACCAGAUAUGUCGGAGAGAUGAAGGAUGGCAUGGAUUUCCCCAAUGGAAGGAAAUAUGAGGGAACUUGGGAGAAAGGAAUAUGCAAAGAGGGAAAGUACACAUACUGUGAUGGCAAAGACAGGCGUUUCUACUCUGAGAGGUGUAAUGGCCUCAAACCAGCAGGAGAAUCCCAGUUAACUGAUGGGGACCCCCCGCGGGCCGUCCCUGAUGGUUGCUAUGACAGCAGCAAUGGCUUUUAUGAUCCCAGCACUAGAGUCGUCAAAGACUUUGAUUGCAAUUUUCUCAGGAAUGCAGGUAAGAGAAUGCGUCAUGCAGUGCCAGAGCAAAUUGUAGUCUGUGAGUGUGUGUGUGUUACCAAGUCAUUCACAAUUUCCUACACAAUGUUCCAUGAAAUCUACAAAAUCUCAAUAUAUUACUUAGUUCCUUCAUUUUCUGAUCUGAAGUACCUUUUAGCAAACAUUUGCCUUUGGUCCUUCCACCUGGAACACAUAAGACCGCAAGCAUUAGAGUGGCAUAAAUGGAUUAGCUAA